UUUUCAAAAUAAAAUUUCUCAAAUCCAAUCGAAUCGGGUCGGCGUUGUUCUUUCAAUCCCCAACUUUUCUCUCUUCAAUUUAGCAGAGUUUCCUAUUAAUGGCUGCUGAAUCACUACUUCAAACACAGCCUAUAACUGAAUCAGCUCCAUCGACUCCGACCAAUUUCUCUUCCUCCGAUUCCGAUUCCGGUGAUGACUUCUUCGCUCCGACUUCCUGGCGUUCCGACGACUUACUGCCUUCCCAGAAGAAGAAGAAAUUCCGCCGAUCUAGAACUGCUCCUGCAAUGGUUUCCAUGAACGAUCUCUUUGAAUUACAUCCUAAUGAAUCUGACAACUUUGAGUCUACUUCUCUCGUCAGACAGGCUGCUUUUCUGCUCGUUAUUUACCUCUCUCUAGGUGUAGUCGUAUAUUCCUUCAACCGUGACUACUUCUCUGGAAUUGAAACCCACCCCGUUGUUGACGCCCUUUACUUUUGCAUCGUCACCAUGUGUACCAUUGGUUACGGCGAUAUUGCUCCAACUACUCCUUUCACCAAACUCUUUGCUUGUAUAUUUGUGCUUGUGGGUUUUGGGUUUAUUGACAUUUUGCUGAGUGGGGUUGUCAAUUACGUACUUGACUUGCAGGAGAACUUGAUAUUGAACGGUACUCGAUUACAAGGGCAACGACAAUUAGCUAGCCACGACCAUAGGCGUAGCGGAUUUUCCGCCUGUACGGAUUGCAUCGUCGAUGUAGCCAAGGGCAGAAUGAGAAUCAGAUUGAAGGUGGGUUUAGCUCUGGGAGUUGUGCUUUGGUGUAUUGGGUUGGGAUCACUGGUGUUGUAUUUCCAGGAGAAUUUGGAUUGGGUCGAUUCGGUUUACUUGUCGGUAAUGUCUGUUACCACUGUUGGAUAUGGUGACAGGGCUUUCAAAACUCUGCCUGGAAGGUUGUUUGCUUCAAUUUGGCUUUUAUUUUCGACUCUUGCGGUGGCGCGAGCUUUCUUGUAUUUGGCAGAAGCCAGGAUUGACAAGAGGCACAGGAGAAUUACCAACUGGGUGUUGCAGCGUGAAAUCACCAUUGACGAUCUGCUUGCUGCUGAUAUUAACAAUAAUGGUUUCAUAAGGAAAUCAGAAUAUGUGAUCUACAAGCUCAAGGAGAUGGGAAAGAUCAGUGAGAAAGAUGUAAUGCAGAUAUGCAAUCAGUUCAACAAGCUUGACAAAAACAACUCUGGGAAGAUAACAUUACGCAGCCUCCUGCAGAGUCAUGUAUAGCUGAAAUUCUUUGGCCACCAUGUAGUUAACCUGCUAAUUUUCAAGAAAAGGGUUAGUAUCUCAUGUGUAUGUCACGCGUAUCACUGAAUAUACAGUGACAUACAAGUGUUAUAUUGUGUAUAGGGAAUAUGUUCUUGUAUAUAAUGUAUGUCAAGUGUUUGUGCCCAA